AUGAACGCGGACCGCGCCGCAAUUACCGAUGUCCAGAACCAACUCAACAACCAAUUUUUGCCCGCCGUCAAAUCGAUGGGCGCGGCAGGCGCUGAGUUAUUGAGGGCAUUUCAAGCGUUGCAACGAAGCACAGACGCCUACUGUACAAGCUUGGCCCAGUUGGCGCGCUCGGCGAAAGGCGCAAGCCCUGCGGCUGAGAACUAUGGGAAGCAACUUCUCGAAACGAGCAAGCAGUUCCGGGACACUAUGCAACACCAUGAACGAAGUGUGGCCAAUUUCUCAGUGUUCGCGAACAAAACUAACCGCUUCUCCACCGGCGAGAAGGACGUGCUGAAGGAAAUGGCCUCCCGUUUCGCCAAGGACGAGAAGGAGUUUUUAAAAACCAAACCGUCGGCGGAGGCUAGUGGAAAAUUCUACGCCAAGGAGCGCGAGUAUUUCGUGAAACAACAAGAGCUGCGCUACAAGUUCUUCUUCGAUCGGCACGAAGAGUGGUUUAAGACCCCACUCCCCGUCUAUGCCGCCGAUCCAAAGCCUACACCGGCGGCUCGAACAGUUCCGGUGGUCGUGCCGUCGCCGUUUUCGGCCCAGGAUUACGGUGUCAGCCUCGAGGUAAACGAGGAUUACAGCCCGAGCGGCCCCGAUCAACUCUCCGUAGUCCGAGGAGACCGAGUCACCCUCAUCAAAUCGGGGAAUCGAGGAUGGAUUUUUAUCAAAGACGCCAGCGGCAAUAGAACCGGCUGGAUCCCCGCUCAAUUUGCUUCGAAAGUC